CCUGGCUUCACGCGCCUUUGUCCGUAGCACGGCCGCCAUCCAUUCUUUGUUCCCUUUAUCCAAACCACUGCGUUCUCCACGCGCUUUCACAGUCAUCUCCCAUGCCCAUCCCCGUGAACAGUAAACCACUGCCACCACUCUGCUGUGCUAUUCUGCGCUUUGACUUGUCUUUCAUGAACUAUUGAACUGUACCCUCUUUCUGGGUGAUGAUAGCAGAAUAUGAAGUGGGUGAAGACGAAAGGGGAAGGGAAGGCGAUGGUGUCCAAGAAGAUGAAAUGGGUCGGCCUUAUCGGCCUUUUCGUCUCUGCUUUCUCUCUCGUUGCUCACUUCCUUCUUGCUAGGCACACCCAUGGCGGCGGUCCAGUUUCAGAGUACCAGACAUCUCUCACCUUCUUUUCAUGGAGGCCCGUCUUUGACAAUGCUGACCACCCCAAGACUAUUCGAAAAUAUGGAAGACUAUGGGGUCCAGUUAGGCGCCUUGAACCUUUACAGCCUCAUGCGAAUCCUGGAUCCAAUUAUCCAGCUCCUGAACUGCAAUCAACCGGGUUUAUCUUUGUAAGGAUCCGAGGAGGUUUCCAUGAGAUCAGGAAUUCUAUAUCUGAUGUUGUUGCCGUUGCACGGCUUCUCAAUGCUACUCUUGUCAUUCCAGAGAUUCAGUCAACUACAAGCAGCAAGGGAAUCAGCUCAGAGUUCAAGAGUUUUGCUUAUCUGUAUAAUGAGGAUCAGUUCAUGGCAGCUUUGGCAAAAGAUGUGCAGAUUGUGAAAACACUUCCCAAGAAUCUGAAAGGAGCGAGGAGAAAGAAAGAGAUUCCUUCAUUUAGAGUGGCCCACUCUGCAUCGCCAUAUUUUUACCUACAUCAUGUUCUCCCGGUGUUGACACGUCACUCUGUCGUUGAGCUUGUUGUUUCUGAUGGUGGAUGUUUGCAGUCCACAUUGCCACCACUUCUCAUGGAAUACCAAAAGCUAAGAUGUAGGGUCGCUUUUCAUGCCCUGAGAUUCAGAGAAGAGGUUCAGGAACUUGCUAUUAAAAUUCUGAACAGAUUAAGAGCUUCAGGACGACCAUUUCUAGCAUAUGAUCCCGGGAUGACCAGAGACGCUUUGGCAUAUUACGGUUGUGCAGAGCUUUUUCAGGACGUGCACACCGAGCUUAUCCUGCACAGAAGAUCAUGGAUGAUCAAACACAGAAUAGUGAAGGGAAAUCUAUCUGUUGAUUCUGCUAAACAACGCCUUAAUGGCUUGUGUCCUCUUAUGCCCGAAGAGAUAGGAAUUCUUCUUCGGGCAUAUGGUUAUAGAUCAGACACUAUUAUUUACAUAUCUGGUGGAGAGAUCUUUGGUGGCCGGAAGAAAUUAAUUCCCCUCCAUGCUAUGUUCGAGAAUGUCGUUGACAGAACAUCCUUAAGCACUCCAUGGGAGCUAUCUGAAGUGUAUGGUCGUGAGACUAAAUAUUCUUCAAAAGCUCGUUUGGCAACAAAGGAAGAACGAAAAUUUAUUGACUGGAAAACAUCUGGUCCGCGCCCUCGCCCUCUCCCGCCUCCGCCAGCUCGGCCCAAAUAUCCAUAUAACAUUGAAGGGUGGUGGGGUUGGGUGGCUGAGAUCGAUAAUGAGCCAGAGAGCAGUGUUGAGGAAUUCAGGACUAAUGCCCACAAGCUAUUAUGGGAAGCUGUGGAUUACAUCAUCUGUCUUGAAGCUGAUGCAUUCAUUGCUGGAUUUGAUCGGGAUGGUAAAGGACACCCCAAUCUUGCUAGUCUAGUGAUGGGGCAUAGGCUGUACCAGUUUGCUCCUGCUAGAACAUACAGACCCAACAGAAAAGAAACCGUGAAGCUUUUUGAAGAGAUUCAGGAUAAUCUAUAUCAGGCCAACCAUACAUGGAUAAGUUCUAUACGUAGGAGUCUGAGGAGAAACUUGGUUGAUGGCUUUCUAGGGGAAUCGAAGAGAACCAAACUCCUUUCCCUUAUUGCCUUUCCCAUUCCUGAAUGUUUUUGCACUAGCCGUGCUUCCUCUGAACUAUCUGCGUCUCUUGGAGUUCUUCAACGAUGCCCUUCAUGGAUGAAUGGACAAAAAAUCAUGUAUCAAACCAAGGAUGAAAAUGAUGAAGAUGUUAAUGAUGAUGAGGAUUCUUUGUUCUUUAGACAAAUUGUCGAUAAUAAUCAUGAAGUUGACAGUGGAGAGAUAAGCAACAAAGAAGAAACUUUGGUGGAAGAUCAAGAAGAUCUUGACGGGGUAGAAAGAUAAGCUCUCGUGAACAAUUUUACGUUUUUGGAAGAUGACCAUUGAAAGAGUGACCAUUGAAAGAGACACUAUAUUAGAGUUAAGACCCGAUUUAGUCCUACUAUACACUAUAACCUAAUUUCCUAUCGAGUACGAAAUCUCGACCCAAUUUAGUCCUUAUACAUAUCUGGUUCUUAAUAUGGACCUUAACUAUGUACUAUGUGACCCAGUUCAGCAUCUGUUUACGGAAGUACCCUUCUCAGUUAUGGUGUAAUAUAGUAUGAGGACUAAAUUGAGUAAAAUGUAUAGUCAUGGGGCUAUUUGAAUAGUUUAUAGUUCCGGGACCAAAUCGGGUAUUAACUCCUUGCAUAAUCACUGACAUUGUGGAUUCAAAGAUGAUAUGGAGAAAGGUAAAUGCAGAGAAGAUAUGGUGUCAUGACUGCAUGUUGAAUCGAUGAAGAUCUAAUGAUGCUGAGGAUGGUGAAAAAGAAAAAUGAAUAUACAGUAGUACAGAGGGAAGCUAAGUGGCUAAUGGAAAUUUUUCAGGAGGAAAGAUACUGGAUAGACUAAUGGCAUUGACAGCAAAGUUUUGUAGAUAAACUAUUGAAUUGUAGUUAUCCUUAGGAAUGAUGAUUUGAUUUCCCAUUCUAAAAAGCAGAAUCUCUGAUUUCAGGCCCAUCUAUUUUCCUCUAAAUCCUCUUACUGUUUGUAAAAAAUGGAUAAC